AGGCCGGGUGGGGCGGAGCGGGCGCUUUCCCUCUGCCUGCGGGGAGUGCGCGGAGGUGGGCAGGACCCGGGAGGGGUGAGGCCAGAGGAGGGCGCGUUGUCGCCUCGGCGAGGAUGGGAGUCCCUGGCCUCCGGAGCUGAGCGAGCCAGAGCGUGGCCGGGAGGGCGCACCGGAGGGAGGCGAGCCUCGCUGUUCCUCCGGGAGCCCAACACCAUUCCCGCGCCGCCAAGAUGAUCCCCCCGAGCGGCGCCCAUGAGGACGGCGUGGACGGGCUGCCCAAAGAGGCGGCGAGCGCGGAGCUGCCGCCUUCGCCUGCAUCCACCAGCAGCCAGGAAUCCAAGCUCCAGAAACUAAAACGGUCACUUUCUUUCAAGACCAAGAGUUUACGGAGCAAAAGUGCUGACAACUUCUUCCAGCGAAACAACAGCGACGUGAAGCUGCAGGCAGAUAUGCUGGCGGAGGUCAGCCCGGCCCAGCCCACUCCCUGCCCCGGGAGCCUGACGUCCACACCCACCAGGGCCAGCCUGUACCCAGGCGGCGGCGGCAAGGCCCACACCUUUCAGGAGCACAUCUUCAAGAAGCCUACUUUCUGUGAUGUCUGCAACCACAUGAUUGUGGGAACAAAUGCUAAACAUGGACUGCGCUGCAAGGCCUGUAAGAUGAGCAUCCACCACAAGUGCUUGGACAGCCUGACACCCCAGCGGUGCAUGGGCAAGCUGCCAAAGGGGUUUCGGCGUUACUAUAGCUCCCCCUUGCUCAUUCAUGAACAGUUUGGAUGCAUUAAAGAAGUUAUGCCCAUUGCCUGUGGCAAUAAGGUGGACCCUGUCUAUGAGACCCUCCGCUUCGGCACCUCACUGGCCCAGAGGACAAAGAAGGGAAGCUCCGGCAGCGGAUCCGAUUCGCCUCACAGAACCUCUACUUCAGAUCUUGUAGAGGUUCCUGAAGAAGCUGACGGGCCAGGAGGAGAGUAUGACCUACGGAAACGCAGCAACAGCGUGUUCACAUAUCCAGAAAAUGGCACUGACAACUUCAGAGACCAAGCAAAGAACAUAAACCACCAGGGACCUCCUUCCAAAGACUCAUUACAGAUGAACACCUAUGUUGCCUUGUACAGAUUUAUACCACAAGAGAAUGAAGAUUUGGAAAUGAGGCCUGGGGACAUGAUAACUCUUCUAGAGGACUCCAAUGAAGACUGGUGGAAAGGGAAAAUUCAAGACAGGAUUGGCUUCUUUCCAGCCAACUUUGUUCAGAGAGUACAACAAAAUGAGAAGAUUUUUAGAUGUGUUAGAACCUUCAUUGGGUGUAAGGAACAGGGGCAGAUAACACUGAAAGAGAAUCAGAUCUGUGUGACUUCUGAAGAAGAACAAGAUGGCUUUAUCAGAGUCCUUAGUGGAAAGAAGAGAGGUCUCGUCCCCCUCAAGGUUCUAGAAAACAUCUGAUUGCUGGCCCCUCCUCUUUUUGAAGUCAGCAAGCUCUGCUGUGAUUCCCCAUCUCACACUGUGUUAACCCAGAGUUGCUGCCGUGCUGACUGGCCACCCAGGAAACAGUGAGGCAAGACUCAAGGAUCUGAGACUGUGGAGCAAGAGGUACAAGGCAGAGGGCCAACUGCACAGCACAUCCAGGCUGCCCAAGGUGAGGGUGAGGCUGAGAGAGUCGGCCAGCAGAGUCAAGUGCCACCGUACUCAGUGGGCAGUGAGCCCACCGUCCCUCAGGAUGCAACUUCUUCCCUGUUCAUGUGGUGUAAGUUAACUGGUUGGAGGGCGCUCCUGCUGGGAUAUGGCCCCAGUGUGACGUUCAGAUCCGUGCAGCCAAGCGGGAUUCUUGUUCUAGACCUUUGUCCCCAGUGCAGAUCAAUCAGCAUCAUCACACUUGACACCCCAGCAGUCUCUCUGCAGAAUAUCAGGAAGCCCUGCUUCCCAGCCCUCAGCAUUCCAGUGCUCACCACGUGCUCCCCACAUGCUCCCCUCACUUGGCAAUCAUGCUGUCUCUUCUGUCCUCCAAUAAGUCCUGGGUGUGCAUUAAAUGUGAGAGCUAAGUUGAUGUGGUACCAACUGCAAAGACCUAAUCUGCCCAGAGAUUGCUGUCAGGCUGUCCCUCCUGCUGCUCUAGUUGCUGAUGAAGAUGACAGUGGGAUCUGAGGCACAGAUACAGUGGGCCAAGAUGGGGUGAGGUAGGGUCAAGAGCCCUUAUUUUUUGAUGAUUAUACAGCCUUUCCAGUUGUGAAGUCCUUUCCCCAAGGAGACGGAGCUGGGGAAGCAAAUAUGGCAGGAAGUCUCCAGGAGAACUUGAUCUUUAUGUUACAUCCUCUGUAUUGAGGUGGCCAUUUUUCCUCCUGCCAUCCUGUAGGACUCCCUUUUAGAGGUUGAGCCCACCUUGCAGGGAACCAGAAACAUAGAAGAGAAGCAAAAACAGCAUUUUAGGAGAAAAGUAGCCAAAUUGGAAUCCAUUCUUCUUUAGGGCAGACUCUUAUGCCCUAGCAGGUGUAAAAUGGAAAAGAAUUCUCAAUGCUUCAUCCCUCUGAAAGCAGAGAAACUCGGGGCCUAUUUAGCAUCAGCUAAAGGAAUCUCUGUUACUCUGUAUUGGUACUAAUGUUUACAAGAAUACAAUAUACUGUGAUGCCUUCCUCCUCAAGCCUCUUCCUAGUAUACGAACUUGCUUCCUAUUAGUCAUUAAUACGGUUAAACUUCAAUUCACAAUGACCUUGGAAUUAAUGUCAGUUUGGUUUAUUUUGUUACAGAGCAAUAAAAUCAUUAGAACAAUUGGUUUUUUAAAAAGACCUACAUGGAUGCAUCCUGUGCAUGUAAGGAUUAUUUCCCAAACCAAAGGAUCAUUCAUCUCCAUUUAUUUAUUUUUUUGUUGUUGUUGUUGUUACUGCUCAGUGUGAAGUCAGGAGCUGAGACAGGAUGGCUGCUGGUUUCACAGUAGUUUGGAUGCCUUACUCUCAUUUUAAAGCCAGCAUCCAGAAUUUCCUCCCUCUCUGGUACAACAGGCAGAACUGAGUGUACAAGUUAAGAUGGAUUCUUUGAUCAAGCAUGGAUGGUAUGACUGCCGUUCCAUAAAAUGGAAUGCCUCUAAUUCAAUAUUCCAUUUAAUAAAGAUAAUACAGUGGCUGAAAGGAGUCUAGAAAACAUGUGUCCUGAUCUCUUCUUUCUCAUAAAAUAUCCACUUAAACUUUGGGGUACAGUUGUGUCACAUCCUGUGCACAUUCAAUUGCAUUUUUAAAAAAAAUCAGUUCGCCUUUUGAAGUUGAAUAGAAGGAGGCUGUGGCAGCCAGCCUCCAAGGUGGUCUUCCAGUGAUCCCUGCUUCCUGAUACGCUUGCCUUUUGUAGCCCCCUCCCACACUGAGUCAGGGCUGGUCUUAUGUGGCCAUUAGAAUACAGGGGAAGUGAUACUGUGUAACAUUCAUGGCAAGGUCAGAAAAGCCCCUGAAGCUUCCUUCUUGAUCUCUUGGAACCCUGAGCCACCACAAAAGUUAUCUACUCUGAGACCACAAUGCUGGAGAGACCCAGUGAGAGACCACACACACAUGACUGCACCCGACAACCAGACGUCGCAGAGCGGCAGUCAUCUGGCUGAGCACUGACCAAGUUAAAGAUUUAUGAGCAAGAUAAAUAUGUUUUUUAAGUCACCAAGUUUUGGAGUGAUUUGUUAUACAAAAAUAGCCAACUGGAAGAGGGCCUUUGUAAUGUGAGCCAGCAUUCAAAAGGAGAAAAAAAGACUUUCUGCACAACAUGGCUCAUAAGUUUUGCAAACAUUAUGGGUAGUUAACCCUCCAAAUGCAAGAUACCUAGUGUUCCUUAAAGAUAUGGACUCAUCCAGAUAUCAGAGAAAAAGCAAGAUGUUUCUGAUGGCAUAGAUUGACGUGGAUACUUAUACACACACACACAAACACAAACACACACAGAUUUUAGGAGCCAUCGCUUUGCUUCUCCUCCUGCCUGGCUACAGAAAUGGCAAGGACAAGGACUGCCAUGACCUACCAAAGUCUCAAGGGCUUCCACAACUCAAUGGCUGGAAGAAGGAUCACAGUUUUGGAAGAGGGAUGAGAUGACAACCUCAGGAGACAGACCCCAGUGAGGAGACAGGGAAGGAGGGGAAAGUGUUAAUAUGAAGAUGAAGAAAGGCCUUGACAUUCUUCGCAGCAUGAGGGGACAUCCUUGGACCCUGUCACCUCCCACCACCUCCAACUAAGGGAUGGCACAUAUCUAGCAAAACCACGGAAGCUGUGCCCUACACUUCACCACCCAUGCUGUAGGAUUUGGAUUCCAUCAUGGUGAAUUCAAAAUAAAGAACUGAUUGAACCUUCAUCCGGGCCCAGGAGGUAAAAACCUGAACUUCUUUCACUCCCAUCACUAGCAGACAUUUGCGGCACCUUUAAUGUAGGCAGUGGGUCUACAAAGAAAGCCCAUGUGUGGGUGUCUAGCUGGCUACCAGUAGUAUUGAUUUCACAGACCACUUUUCCUCCCCAGCUCUACAUACCACACACACACUCCCAUCAAGAGGAAGAGUCCAGCAUCUGUGUUACAUAUUGAGAGCAACUCAUGGGAUAGUACAUGGUUUUCUCCUCUUUUUAAAGAGAGAAGAAUCAGUCGGAAAAUCACAACACAUGGAAAUAGUCUAGUGCCAAACACCGCUAAAAAGCACCACAGAAAUCCAAAACCACCACAGAUCACUGGCUUCUCCAAGGAUAAGACAGCCAGGAUGGAAACCUAUUGUUGGCCCCAGCCUAGAGCCACACACAUGAAAAGUGUAUGUGCUCAAAUAGAAAUUUAGGUUUAAAUAAAGUGAUUUAGAACUAUGAAACACCUGUUAGCAUCAACCGGAACAUUUCAGGGAACACAGGAAAAUUCUUUGGUAGAGAAUUCUUAUGAUAUCAGGUUCACCUAAUAGCCCUAAUUCUCCCUAAUAGCCCCUUCCUACAUCUCACUAAGAUACCUACGAAUUAUUGAAAAAGACAAAAGUGCACAACCAUAGUAAAAAAUGAAGGCUGAAAGACAAUCUACUCUGGAAUCUGAGUCUGCAGGGAGUAGGAGAAAGUGGGAUCUGUUUCCCAAGAGAUGAAAAACUCAAGAGGAUGAGUAGCUUUUUCAUGCUUCGAUAGCUUUAACAAAAUACUGGCCAGCAGGGCGUAGGCUGGUAUAAAUCUAAAAAAAUGAAAGUUUAGCAUUGCCCAAAAUAGCACCCCCAGUAAACUGAUUGAGCAGGUGUGCUCCUCAGAUUUAUCAUAAAACAAAACACCUCACAAACAACUCGGACAAAAAAUUAAAACUAGUUUAAUGACAUCCCAUAACAAUCUCUUAGAUUUUUCUCAGUUGCUAUUCUGUUGUGUUUUUUGUACAACACCUGGUGUUUUUGACCCUUAGAAUAUGUUUUUUUCCUUAUCUUCCAAUACGAAGUUUUAAAUAGUCCUCAAUCUUGCUGUGCAGGGGAGGGGAAUGUAACUCAAAAAAUUAACAAGAUAAUAACAAUUAUUUUACAGUUCUUUUUUAAAAAUAAAAAAAUGGCAGAUUUUUUUUAUCAUCUCAUCAUCAAAUUUAAACAACUAUUAAACAUCUUCCAUGUCUUCUUGGAAGUCCGGAUAUACUGAAAUACUGAAAAUACACCCUGGAAAAUAAUAAUACUUAUUUCCAAGAAAAAUAAUGGAUCAUCUUUAGGUUUCUUCCACUGGCCUCAUUUACUCAGAUUCUCAGAUUACUCACCGGACUCCUUGAUUUCCUAUGCAUGGUGAUUUUUUUUUUCUUUUUAGUCUACUAUUCCUUUUAAAUCAUCUCUUUGGAAAUAUGCUUAGUUCAUUUAUUUUCAUUCUUUAUUAAGAAAAAAAAUCCAAGUUUAUAACUUUUCCUCUAAGUUCAGCUUUAACCACAUUUAUACUUAUUUUAAAAUACUCUGAAUUAUAGCUUUGAUUUUACUGUCAGAUUUUUUUAGUUUUAUGUGUAUGUCAUUAAAACCAUUUUCAGAAAAUAUGGUCCAUUUUAUGCUUUGAGGAAGUAAUUGGUAUUUUGUCUUUUGCACUAAUAUGUGAAUAAUCUUUAUGAAUGUUCAAUGAAUGCUGGCAAACAAAAGCCUUGUCUGGUGUACAAAGCUCAAUAUGUGUCUACUAAAUAAAUGAUUAAAGCAUUUGGGUCA